AUGUACAGAGCUCCUCCGACAGUUUCUCCGACGCAAAGUUCUUUAGCCGAGAGGAUCGAUGCGCUUACGCAGCGAAUCGAUGAUCUGUGCCGUGCGAUCUGGCGCCGACCACGCAGUUGUAGUCGCAGUGGCUCUGUUUCUCGUAGUCGGAGUGACUCUGUUUCUCGUUCCAGCUGGUGCUGUUACCAUUCAAAGUAUACCGAUAGCUAUGUAAGCAAGAUAAAAAUAUAUUCUGAUCUUCUAAACGGGCUUGGUUUAAGUUUUACAUCCGUGUUUACACCAUAUAAUGUAAAUGGAAAGAUCUCAUUGUCGUCGAUAAUGGAAUUUAACCCGUUAUAUUUGAAAUACUUGUUCCUUGCACAAUGCUUCUGUGUUUCUCUUGGAAUAAUUGAGGGUGGCACAAAAUUUACCAGGAAGAAUCAACCAGUAACUUUUGAAUGUCCUGUUGAAAAGCAAAACUUUAAACACUGGCAAAUUGAUGGAACAGUCAUUAACAGAAUUUAUAAUACUUCAAGCAUUAAAGCAAAUGUGUUUCCUAACAAUGUUAGCAUCAUAAACAUCACACUUCUUCAAAAUAUUGAGCAAGCAAUUGUUUGUGAAAUCACCACUGAUAAGAUAAGAUUUUAUGCAAGACCAUUAUUCAAUGACAAUGGGAAUCUUUACCCAAGUUUUGAAACACCAAAUGCCAUAAAGGAUAAAAAAUUCACAUUGAAAUGCAAUGUUGAGGGUGGUAGAAGAAGUUGGUAUAUUGGAAAUGGAACAAUUAUUGCUAAAUACACUGGAGUAAUCAGCGAAAAUUAUAGAUAUUUUGGUAGCCAUCAAGAAACUAGUUGCCAAGAGAAAAUCUGCACAUUGAGUAUAACCAGCAUUAGUUUAGAUGAAGACAACAUGAGCAUUAUUUGCAGUUCUGGUCUCCAUACAAGCAUGUUCAAUAUUACAGUAUUUGUUUUACCAAAAUCAGUCACAAUCAAGAGUAUUUCUAACACAGUUCCUGUGGAAAAGCAGAACAAAAGUUAUGAAUGCCAUAUUAAAGACACCAACCCUGAAUUUUCAGUCUUUUGGUUGAUUACUAAGAAUGAUGGAACUCAAAAAAAUGUUACACAGUAUAUUUCAAACAAGUCAAGCAAAUCAGGAAAGCUGAACACUUUAUUAUCAGAACUGACAUUAACUCUUAAUAAGAAUUUAAAGAAAUUACAGUGUGUUGCAUAUUUUCCGGGUAAAAGUGAAUUUGUUUACCAUUCAAUGGAACUCGAUUUGCAUAUAAAAUAUUCUCCAGAAAAUAUGAUACUAGAUGUUUCUGGAGGAAAAGUAUGUGUUGAUACUCCAACCAAAUUCCGCUGCAGUUGGAAAGGUGGUAAUCCACCAGCAAGUGUAACCCUGGAGUAUGAAAAAUACUCAAAUACUAGUAAAGAAGAAGUUGAAAUUAAUGUAAUACCUUCCAAAUCUCAUCAAACAGUCAAGUGUCGAGGCAUUCAUAUUGCUGCAAAUGUGUCUCGUGAAAAGAAUUUAACUAUUCAUUAUCCACCUAAAACAAUAGAAAUCAAGACUGAUGAACCCUUUCUUGAAGGUCGCAAAGGUAUUUUGCAUUGUAAGGCAAUAAAUGGAUAUCCAGAAAAGUACAGCUACAGGUGGGAUCCAAGUAACAAGACCUCACAAAAUUUAACACUUUCUCAACUCAAUCGAACACACAAUAAUGAGGUUUACACUUGUUAUGCUUCUAACAAGUGCAGUAAAAGAGAAUUACAUAAAAAACAUUGGAUCAAUGUAGAAUAUCCACCUGAUAUUACUGCACCAGAGAAUGUGACAUUAUUUGAGGAUCAAGCAUCCAUUAUAAACUGUUCUGCAAAAGGAAACCCUACCCCAGAAGUGUGGUUGGAGGAUAAAAAUGGAAAUUUCCUUUCAAAUUCUAUAUUAACUUUUAAUCGUAAAAAUAUCAGUGAUGUUUUCUGCACUGCCAUUGCAAAGAGCAAAAGGAAUGGAAAUUUGACAGAUAAAAAGGAAAUUAAUAUCCUGUUCAAAUAUCCUCCUCAAGUAAACAUUCAUAUUUCAAAUGAGCCAAAUAAAAUAAUAAUUAGUUGCACUGCAUCUGGUGGAAAUCCAGCAACUCAUAAAUAUGAACUGAAGCAAAAAUGGGGAAACACCACUAAGAAUACUUAUAAUAAAGAAGUAUUACCUAUAAACAAUCCUUCCUUCAAUAAUACUGGUACAUGGGAGUGUCAUGUAAUCAAUGAUGAUUUUCGUGUGAUUAAGUCAUCAAACUACAAAAUUCCAGUGAAAGCCAUGUUCAGUUCAGUAUUAAAUGUUCCAAAAAAGAGAAAUGUUUCAAAUGGAGAAACUGUAAUUUUGAAACAGUGUUUUUAUUCGCAUCCAAAAUCUGAUGUAAAAUGGCAGAAAAAUGAGGAAUCAAUUGACUCAAACAAAUAUUUAAUAACUGAUUAUUUACCAAAUGAGUUUCCUUUCAAAGGAAACUGUACUAGUUUAAAGCUAGAAGACAUCAAAGAUGAUGAUAUUGGUACUUAUACCUUAACAGUGGAAAACUCCAUAGGAAAAGAAACUGUUGUUUUUACUUUGACAUAUAAGGAAAAGCAAGAAAUCCCCAUGGGAAUAAUUAUUGGUUGCACUGUCGGAUUUUCGUUAUUAUUAAUAAUAAUGAGUCUUCUUGCUUAUAAAUUCUACAAAAGAAGAGCUAUCAAAAACAAUAAUGAAUUUUCAUCAACAAAAGCUAUUAAUACUAUAGAUGGAAGAGAUCUUCAACAUCGUAAUACAGAAGAUGUACACGAGGUUGCCAAUGCCAUCUAUGAUUCAUCUGGACACUUAACUGACCUAAAUACGGAAGAUAUUUAUGUUAAUGUUACACAGAAACCUAACAAUAUGAAUGCUAAAGUCAAUAAACCAGGAAAGAAAACUAAUGAUGUGAAUGAACUUUAUGCCAAAGUCAAUAAACCAAGCAAGCAAGCUGAUGAUGUGGAAGACCUUUACGCUAAAGUCAACAAACCACGUAUGCAAACUGAUGACAAUACAAGUAAGAAGAAACCUGCUGAUAUGAAUGACCUUUAUGCUAAAGUCAAUAAACCAAACAAGGAAACCUAUGACAAUACAAGUAAGAAGAAACCUGCUGAUGUGGAAGAACUUUAUGCUAAAGUUAACAAACCACGUAUGCAAACUGAUGACAAUAUAACUAGGAAGAAGCCUGAUGAUGUGAAUGACCUUUAUGCUAAAGUCAAUAAACCAAGCAAGAAAACCUAUGGUGUGAAUGAUCUUAAUGUCAAUAAACCAAGCAAGAAACCUGAAGAUGUGGAUGAUUUUUAUGCUAAUGUCAAUACACCAAGCAUGAAACCUGAUGAAACAGAAGAUGGUAGCUUGAAUGACAAUUAUGAAAGCAACAAUCAAAGUAAUGAGCCUGAAUCUGUCCAAGAAUGUGACUAUGCAGAACUUGAGUUUCUAAACAAUCCUGGAACAAGCAAACCAGCACCAAAACCUGUAGAAGAAACUAUUUAUGCUGAUCUAAUAUUGGACAGUUAAUCUAAAUUUUUUGCCAUUUUUUUAGACAUGUUGAUAUAUGUACCAAUUAUAGCAACUCUACAUUUUAUUCACACUCUUAAACAGAUGCUAGUAGUUUACGAAGUACAGAUAAUCAGAGUACUUCUUCCAUUUAUAAAACAGUGAACACUUCAACACUUCAUUUACUUGUCCAAGAAGGAAAAAAUCUUCUCAAGGCAAGCCUUCAUUCACCAGUAUGAUCUUGUCCUUUGCCUAUCACUGGUCUUUGUGCUCCUGUUUUUUUUUCCUGUUUUUCGUAAACCAUAACUACAAUAGCUCUUCUGAGUGUGGUAACUUUAUAUUAUUCCCACCCGAAACUCACAUUCCUCUUCUUUCCAAUUCUAUUGUGUCUCAUCUACCAUCAAAUUUGAUAGACACCAACUACUUGUCUUCCUCUAUUACUAUGCAUUCCCUUCAACUUGCAGCAUUUUAAAUUAACCAAGUGCCAAUAAUAACCCUUCAGAUAUACCAUUCUCCCUAUUCUAAAAGGUCUAAGAAGCUAUUAACUGAUAUUUUUCUCUUUACACAAACAAAUAUAGCCAAAUAUAAAGAAAACAUUUAAAUCUUUUACAUCUUUUUUGUAUCUGAUACUCAAAAGCUUUAUUUUUAAAUAAUUAUUCAAAAUGUUUUUGAUAAUGUAUUUCGUACUCCAUAACCUUUUCUGGAAGAAUGGAUACCACAGUCCUUGGUACUGCUUAGCCUAUUCAAACAAUUUCAAAUGUGAUAGCUAUUGACUGUGGUUACACUGGUUUUGUGUAUCAAAAAUCAUUUCUUUCUCUUUAGAUAUAUUUGUCAGUUUAUCACUAGAAACAAUACAUGGAACUGCAAUUAUAGUACACUGUUACAAAUAUUUAUUUUUGACUUAAAGUGUACAAAAUCCUGAGAAAUUGAAAAAUCAGCCAAUGCCAUACCUCUGCUUAUCACUCUGCUUCCAUCACUGCUCAUGAAUACAAUACAAUGGUCUAAGUAAGACUUAAAUUUGUGAUAAUGUGGUCACUACUUCACUUUAAUCCAACAGCUAUUAUGCCUGUUUUUCAUUGUUUUAGUUUUGUUUCAAAGUUUAUUUUUGUUAUAAUUUUAAUUCUGUUAAUAAAUUUGAAUUAUACUUUUAAAUACCCUU